AUCAUUAAGCGUCCGUGCCUAAUUCUAGUGUGUCGCCUGUUUUCUUCGACCCAGCGUGCCCGGGCUGCUGGCCACAGCCCGCGCGGCACGAAAAAGGGCCUGGAUCGCUCCCGGUCUGCACAUCAACCUCGUAAGGGCCAGUACAAACCUCACCACCUUCCACUCUAACUGCCAGACUUGAUUCUUUUUUGUUUAUCUUGCCUUCUCUAAUAUAAAUAUAGCUGUGUGUGCAUUUUAAACUAUUCCACAUAUUUUUUCCCCUGGGGCAGUGGAAGACAGAACAAAUACAUGAAACACAUUAGUUUUGUUCUUUAAGGUGCUACUGGAAGGUGCUCAGAUAUUGUGGGGAUGAGUUCCAUCUAGAAUCUACAUAAGACAGCUAGGGAGAGGGGGAACUGAGGUGUUACUGUGAAGUGCUUUGUCUUAGGUAAUCCUGUCAAGAUACCUGUGAGAUCCUAGCCUUCCUGAUUCCUAAAUUAAUGUUUUAUCCACCAGUUCUGGGUUCUUAAACCUCUUGAUUAUUCUCCCCACCUUUCACCCCACAGCCGAUCUCUUUCUAGGUCUAUGGCUGUGUGACCAGACCUGCCACAAACAUUCCAGUGCUUGCUCAGACAUUUCAACAGUAUCUCUAUGAUACUGCUGCACCUGGGCUAAUCAGCUUGGAACCUCAGUAGGAACACUAAGGUACCUUUGCUGCUUCCCACUGUGGAGGCAGCAGGCACGUAGCAAGCAGCCCAGGCUUUUGGUACAACGCUACAUGGCUUUGAAGGAAAUGCUGGAUUUAUCUCGGAGACGAACCCCCUGCUUUGUGAAGCUCUCAGAGAUGGAACAAAUUGCAGAUCUUGAAGCUGAAAUUAAUCAGUAACUGGAAAGAGGCAACUCUUUACGUCUGGUGAACCAACAAUGUCUGAAGCUUCUUCAAGAAACUGUGACCUAAUUGAACCAAAAUGUUGGUGUUAUUCAUAACCAACUGGACAACUUUGACAUGAAUAAAAUAGGAUUUAAUUGUCAGAACUUCAUCAUUUAGACUCCUACUAGUGUCUGAAUUGACUGCUUCGAUACAUUUCUAUGAAAAACCUGAAAAUAGAAAUCCUGCAAUUGGAAAAGGAGACAGCAGAUAUUGCUCACCCAUUCUUCCUGAACCAGAAAUAUGAAAUUUUGCAAGAUAUGAACAGACACCUGGAAGCAGUACUGAAAGAGAAGAAGACUCUUAGGCAGAGGUUAAUGAAGCCUUUGUGUCAAGAAAAUUUGCCUAUUGAGGCAGUCUUCCACAGGUAUGUAGUAGAGUUCUUGACUCUGGCAGUGUCCUUUAUUGAGAAACUAGAAAGCCAUCUGCAGACGGUAAGGAGCAUCCCUCAAAUACCCCAGACCAUGAAAAACCUGGAUAAUGCUCUGGCAAAAAUAGAUUUGCUGGUAACAGAAGUGGAAGAGUUGGCAGAACAGGUACUGAAGUGGAGAGAGCUGCAAAAAGGAAUCCACUGUGACAGCUUCCAGAACUCUAAAUCAGACCAUAGCUUCAGCAGCCUAAAUCCUAUUUAAUACAUCUUCUUUCUCUGACAAAUAAGAUGCCCAGUUACCAAUUUCUGUUCUUAUAUGUCCAAUGUGAUAAUGUGUGCCUUAGUCUAACAAGAAUUUUGCUUGGGUAUCUUUCUGUUCUAGAAAGGGGAGUUGAGUUGAUAACAAGUAUUAUUUAAAAAUCAAAAUUGACCUGUAAAUAAUAGGUUUUAUUGUCUAGGUAUAACUCCACUUGUUUAUGCUGACAUAUUAAGCAUUCCGACAGAACUGAAUUAUGGCCUACCCUAGCAUGUGUAAGAUGUCUUAAUAUAGCUAAUGCACAUGCCAUGAGGACUAAAUCUGUUUCUGUGGAUGUUUUGCUAUAUUUUGUAUUACAGGAAUUAUAAUAAAUGCAUUCGAUUAUAAA